AUAUAUAGAAGAAACAUGCAAAUUGUGCACAGUUUGUGCAGCGAGGCGCCUGCAGCCAUGAGGUUACUAGAAAUUGUGAUAUUGACCUUAAUCGUAGUAUAUCCAGAUGAGGGGCUCUCAGCCAAGCGACCCAACAAGGCAUCCAAGAAACCAGACAUUAAUGGUCCUUGCGGCAAGCGGUAUUUGCGUCAGAUUAACGGUAAAUGCUAUUAUUUUGCAGGCAAAAAGAUGAACUGGUUCGGGGCACAGAACAAUUGCCUGCGCAAGAACCUCAAUCUUGCCGAUCUGGCCACAAGAGAGGAAUACAAUGGCAUCGUAUAUUAUCUGAGAGCGCGCGGCAACAUGGAGGACUUUUGGUUCGGUGGCAAUGACCUGCAGACGGAGGGUCGUUUCACCUACAUUAGCACUGGUCGACCGGUACGCUAUUUCGGAGGUCUCAAAGGCAUUGAGGCCACGUUUCGCGCAAAUUUGGAUGAUUGCCUGGAGAUAAGGCUGAGGCAGAAUACCACCGGCAUUACCGAUGACAAUUGCCAGGAGAAACAAUAUUUUAUAUGCCAGACGAAUGCUGUCAAGUGUGCUCAGCCAGUGGAAGGUGGAGCAAACGAUACGCAACAUAGCCACGAGCAUUUGCAUCACUUCCAUCAUGAUACGGAAAAAGGCAAGGAAGACAGGGAUGGCUCGGAAAAUAGAGAUAAUGAACAGAGAGAUGUGGAAAGCGAUUCGCGGCCGGCUGAUAAUUCGAAUUCAACGGAAGUUAGGGAACUACCAGCCGAAGCAUCGGGUGAAAACACAUCGGCGAAUGGGGAGGAGAAUACACCAAUGGCAGAGGAGAGUUUAGGCACAACAAUUGUUCCACCAGCUAAUGGUGGAGAAGGUACGUUACCAGCUCCAGAGGGAACAGCAACAGCAAAUGGAACGGAAACUUCUGCACCGGCUAAAGCUGAAGGAGAAACUCCAGUGCCACCUGCAGAAGGAGCAGAAACUCCAGUGCCACCUGCAGCAGGAGCAGAAACUCCAGCGCCACCUGCAGAAGGCGCAGAAGCUGCAGCACCACCUGCAGAAGGGGCAGAAACUCCAGCGGCACCUACAGGAGAAGGCGCAGGAGCAGAGCCAGCACCAGCUGGCAGCGGAGAAGCGGCAGCACCUGAAAAGCCACCUGAAGAUCAAGCAGAGACUCCAGCACCAGAAAAUCCCGAUAAUCCAGCCGGCCGUGCUCCUAAAACAACACCUGUAGAAAUAACAACAACAACUGCGAGCUACGAGAAACCGGAUGAAGCUCACGGCAAAACUGAUUUGGCAACGAAGAACCUGGAUGAAGAGCUAAUUUCGACAGUGCCAGUGCCAGUGCCAGUGCCAGUGCCUGACGAGACAACGUCGGCUCAUUGAUGGAAUAUCGGUGGCACCUGUAAUCGGCGCUCAACAAGCACCUGAAAUAACCCCCAAUCCAAAUGCGUUUGUAAAAAUCGAAUUUCCAAUGCACAAAUAAAACGCCAGAGAUCUCGCCUGGCCUCUAUAUAAAUAAGUCAA